AUGGCCACCAUCCGCUUCCUACAAUGUAAUCUCAACCACUGCGCCCGGGCGCAGGACCUGCUGGCCCAAACCAUGGCGCAGUGGUUGAUAAAUGUAGUGGUGGUUGCCGACCCGUACGUCAUCCCUUCCCGGGAUGACUGGACGGGUGAUGUCGGCAACCUGGUGGCCAUCUCCGUUCCGGCCCGCGACGGCUCCCCCCCUCUCCGAAAGGUGGCGAGAGGUACGGGAAGCGUGCUCGUGGUCGUCGGGGGAGUGGCCAUAGUGGGGGUGUAUUUCCCCCCCAGUUGGCCCCUCGCCGAUUUCGAGCGCGCCCUCGCAGAGGUGCAGGCGCUCACGGCGCGGGUCUCCCACCUCCCCGUGAUCGUCGCGGGGGAUUUCAACGCCAAAUCAACGGCUUGGGGAUCUCCCGCGACGAGCCCGAGGGGGGAAGAGUUGGAGGACUGGGCGGCCGCGUCGGGGUUGAUGCUCCUCAACCGAGGAAGGGAGCUCACCUGCGUGCGCCGACUGGGGGGGUCCAUCGUGGACCUCUCCUUCGCGUCCCCGGCCUUGGUGCCUAACAUCCGUGGAUGGAAGGUCGAGGUGGAUGUGGAGACGUUGUCGGAUCAUCGUUACAUUCGAUUCGACCUCUCCACGUCCGCCUCGGCCUCGACGAACGCGCCACGCACCACGGCCGGCGACGGCCCGCGCUGGGUGCUGGGGCGCCUGGACCGCGAGCUGGCGAAGGAGGCGGCCAUAGUCGCAAGCUGGGCAGCUCACUCUGAUCCCGUUGACUCCGCCGAGGACGUGAACGUGGAAGCGGACCGGCUGGGCGAGUUGCUGGCCAACGUCUGCGACUCGUCCAUGCCGAGGGCCCGCCCGUUCCGUCCCCGUCGGCGAGUGUACUGGUGGCGCCCCGAGCUGCGCGAGCUGCGGCGAGCGUGUGUGGCGGCGCGCCGCCGGUACACUCGCUGCCGGAGGCGUCGAGUCCGGGAUCAGAGGCAGGAGGAGGAGCUGUACCAGGCGUAUAGAGCCGACUGCCACGCUCUCCAGGUGGCCAUCGCGAAGGCCAAACAGGGAGCGUGGGAGGAGUGGCUCCAAACGCUGGAGGAGGACCCGUGGGGCAGACCGUACCGAGCGGUGCGGAAGAAGCUCCGACCCUGGGCUCCGCCCAUAACAACAACUAUGGAGCCACAAUUGGCGGAGGCGGUGGUCGGGGCUCUCUUCCCGCAACGGGUAGGGUCUGCCCUGCCAGCAGAGCAGGAGGCAGGGGCGGUCAACGACGAGGUGGAGCCGGUGUCCGAGAAGGAGGUGACGGACGCCGCCGCAAAACUUCGCCUCAAAAAGACCGCCCCUGGGAUGGACGGCGUGCCUGGUCGGGUGUUAUACCUGACGCUUCCCGAGCUUGGGGGGCGGAUUAGGGCCCUAUUCACCAGUUGCCUGGUGAAGGGCCGGUUCCCCAGCUCGUGGAAGGAAGGUAAGCUCGUCCUUCUAAAGAAGGACGACCGCCCGCCCGACCAGGCAUCGGCGUAUCGGCCAAUUGUGUUGCUCGGCGAGCCGAGUAAACUCUUCGAGCGCGUGCUUGUUGCUCGUCUCGCCGAGCACAUACGGCUGAACGACGCUCAGUUCGGGUUCCGCUGUGGUCGGUCGACCAUCGACGCGGUGUCCCGCCUUAAGGGCCUAGCCAAGGAGGUAGUCGCCCAGGGUGGCGUGUUGGUGGCUGUGUCGUUGGAUAUUUCAAACGCCUUCAACACGCUGCCCUGGACGGCGGUGAUGGGGGCACUGCAGCACUUCCGAGUUCCGGGUCACCUGCAAAGGCUGAUCCGGGACUAUUUCAUCGGAAGGGCUGUGGUGUACCCCACCAGAGACGGCUGGGCCCGACGGGCCAUGUCGUGCGGUGUUCCACAGGGAUCGGUCUUAGGACCGUUCCUGUGGAACAUCGGUUACGACUGGGUGCUGCGCGGAGCCGUGAUACGGGGGGUCGGCCUUAUUUGUUAUGCCGACGACACCCUCGUGACGGCCCGUGGCAGCACACACCGCGAGGCGAUGGCCCGCGCCACAGCGGGGGUCGCCCAGGUGGUCCACCGAAUCCGGAGGCUGGGUCUCGAGGUGGCUCUCAGCAAGUCCGAGGCCCUGGCAUUCCACGGGCAUCGGCGAGGGCCGCCUCGAGGCUCACAAAUAACGGUGGCCGGGACACCCAUCGCCAUCGCAGGUACUAUGAAGUACCUAGGACUAGUCCUCGAUGGUCGAUGGGUCUUCCGAGAGCACUUCCGGCGCUUGGCUCCGAAGCUGGUAGCCGCCGCAGGUGCUCUCGGAAGGGUCCUACCAAACCUGGGCGGCCCCGGAGGGGCAUGCCGCCGCCUCUAUAUGGGGGUGGUAAGAUCGAUGGCGCUGUACGGGGCGCCAAUAUGGGCGGAAUCCCUCAGCGCCCGUAACCGCAUCCUGCUGCGACGUCCGCAGCGGGUGAUGGCGCUGAGGGUGGCUCGGGCGUACCGUACGGCGUCAUACGAGGCGGCGUGCUUGAUCGCCGGUAGCCCGCCGUGGGCGCUCGAGGCCGAGGUCCUCGCGGCGGUCUAUCGGCGAACGAAGGAGAGCGACCUCCGCCCACAUCCGUUGGAGGUCAAGCAGUGGAAGGAGGAGGCUCGCGACGACCUCUUCCGGAAAGAUAUGGAGGAGAUGCGGCGCGAGUUAAAAGAUCUCGACAAGCGUCGACCUGCCCAGCCUGGCGAAGCGGACAUCCGGCGGAUGCUGGACGAAGUAUCGCGUGCCAACGUAGAAACGUUUGGCACCAUACUUAACGCCAGGCUGGCAGGUCUAGAGGACCGUCUCCUCCCCGAACCGCGGCGCCGGCCCCCGCUGGCGGCGGACAGGAGAGCGGAAGACGUCGGUCCCCCCGCUUCGCCCCCUAAGGCGAAAAAGGGGGCGAAGAAUAAGAAGGGACCAGCUGAAGAGCCCCUGCCCACAACAUCGGGCAGCGGGGCCCAGGAUCGGGCGUCUACUUCGGUGCCGGCCCCAGGCGAGGCUCCGCCCAAAAAGAAAAAGGGCAAAAAGAAGAAGAAGCAGCCGAGCCUGGCUGCCAAAGAGGCCGCACAGGCGAGGGACAGGCCUGCCCCUACGCCUGCCGAAGCCCCGUGGACCACGGUAGUGUCACGCGGGGCCAAGAAAGCAGCCAAGAAGGCGGCAAUGGGGGCGGAAAAUACUCGCCUCCCCGAAAAGAAGACCAAACUGCGGGCCCCUAAGACCGCGGCGGUCACGCUCACUCUCGCUCCGGGGGCAGAGGAGAGUGGCGCUACGUACGCCGCGGUCUUAGCUGAGGCGAGGAACCGCAUAAACCUGGCGGAACUUGGCAUCGCCGAUGUCAAGUUCCGCAGGGCGGCAACGGGCGCCCGAAUGUUGGAGGUGGGGGGCGAGGCAGCCCCGGAAAAGGCCGACUCUCUGGCCGCUAGGCUCAGAGAGGUGCUCGGCCCGGAGGUGGUCAGGGUCGCCCGGCCGGUGAAAUGCGCCGAAGUGCGUAUCACCGGCCUCGACGACUCUGUCACCGCGGCCGAGGUCGUAGAGUCUGUGGCCAGAGAGGGGGGCUGCGCGGCCGACGCUAUUAGAUCGGGCAGGCUCACCGUCGGCCCGAGGGGAGAUGGCUCACUCUGGCUGAGCGUGCCGGUGGCGGCCGCCAAAAAGGUGACCGACGCCGGCCGCGUGAGGGACCUGCUGGCCCAAACCAUGGCGCAGUGGUUGAUAAACGUAGUGGUGGUUGCCGACCCGUACGUCAUCCCUGCCCGGGAUGACUGGGCGGGUGAUGUCGGCAACCUAGUGGCCAUAUCUGCUCCGGCCCGCGAUGGCUCCCCCCCUCUCCGAAAGGUGGCGAGAGGCACGGGAAGCGUGCUCGUGGUCGUCGGGGGAGUGGCCAUUGUGGGGGUGUAUUUCCCCCCCAGUUGGCCCCUCGCCGACUUCGAGCGCGCCCUAGCAGAGGUGCAGGCGCUCACGGCGCGGGUCUCCCACCUCCCCCUCAUCGUCGCGGGGGAUUUCAACGCCAAAUCAACGGCUUGGGGAUCUCCCGCGACGAGCCCGAGGGGGGAAGAGUUGGAGGACUGGGCGGCCGCGUCGGGGUUAAUGCUCCUCAACCGAGGACGGGACCUCACGUGCGUGCGCCAACAGGGGGGGUCCAUCGUGGACCUCUCCUUUGUAUCCCCGGCCUUGGUGCCUAAUAUCUGUGGGUGGAGGGUCGAGGUGGAUGUGGAGACGUUGUCGGAUCAUCGUUACAUUCGAUUCGACCUCUCCACGUCCGCCUCGGCCACGACGAACGCGCCACGCACCACGGCCGGGGACGGCCCGCGCUGGGUGCUGGGGCGCCUGGACAGGGAGCUGGCGAAGGAGGCGGCUAUAGUCGCAAGCUGGGCAGCUCACUCUGAUCCCGUAGACUCCGCCGAGGACGUGAACGUGGAAGCGGACCGGCUGGGCGAGUUGCUGGCCAACGUCUGUGACUCGUCCAUGCCGAGGGCCCGCCCGUUCCGUCCGCGUCGGCGGGUGUACUGGUGGCGCCCCGAGCUGCGCGAGCUGCGGCGAGCGUGUGUGGCGUCGCGCCGCCGGUACACUCGCUGCCGAAGGCGUCGAGUCCGGGAUCAGAGGCAGGAGGAGGAGCUGUACCAGGCGUAUAGAGCCGACUGCCACGCCCUCCAGGUGGCCAUCGCGAAGGCCAAGCAGGGAGCGUGGGAGGAAUGGCUCCAAACGCUGGAGGAGGACCCGUGGGGCAGACCGUACCGGGCGGUGCGGAAGAAGCUCCGACCAUGGGCCCCGCCUUUAACUACAACAAUGGAGCCACAGUUGGCGGAGGAGGUGGUCGGGGCCCUCUUCCCGCACCGGGUAGGGUCUGCCCUGUCGGCGGCGGAGGAAGGAGAGGCGGUCAAUGACGAG